GUAUAUGCCAUGGUCAAUUUCAUCGAGCUUGCACAAGGCUUACUAAGCCAGCGGCUAAGAUGAUUAACGACAUAGUGAACGUGAAGUAUUGGUGCGAUGAUUGCUUGGAACAAGAAGGCUCAGGUGCAUCAAAAUCCGACGAAAUGCUAGAAAUCAAAGCGAUUUUAGAAAAUAUUAAAUUGUCAAUUGUUGCUAUCGAGGAGAAAAUUAAAACGAGUGUGUGUGAAGUUGUUAGCAUUGGUAUUACCAAUAUGCAGAAAUCUUCGAUAGAUGCUAUUGAAACGAAAUUGGCCAGUAGUGUUAGUGAUGCGGUUAACACCGGCAUCUCUAGCAUUGAGAAAAAAUUAAAUGCAAAAGUUGCAUGCAAUAUGCCACAAAAAAACUUGGUAGAAAAAUCUGAUGCAACUUCCCUUAUUUUGCAGGAUACUGAACACACUGAUUCAAUAGGUACAACAGAAUGGACAACUCUAACUCGUAAAAGAAAAAGGACAAAUAGUGGAAGGAUGGAAACUCCUAGAAAUACCAAACUUCCCAAUGUCUCAAAAAUAGAUAAUCAAGUAAAAAACAAUACUGGGACUUUAAUAAUUAUACCAAAGAUAGAUCAAACUUGUGACAAAACUAGAAGCGACAUGAGAGCGAAUUUGGAUCCAAGAAUACAUAAAAUAACAAAUUUCCGUAAUGGUAAGCCUGGUCAAAUUAUUGUUGAAUGGGCUUCACAAGAAGGGAUUGACCAUAUAAGAAAAGAAAUACAGACAUCUUUGGGUGAGAAGUAUCUAACUUCCUUGCCAACUAGAAAGUUCCGUAUUAUCGGUUUGUCGGAAAAUUACAAAGAAGACGAAAUGGUAGAUCUCAUCAAAACGCAAAAUAAUGGCUUUUCAACAGCGUACAUCAAAAUGUUGGGAAAAUUUGAAAAAGCUGACUAUAAAUACAAAAAGUAUAAUGUCAUAAUUGAGGUGGAUCACGACACAGCAAUUUACUUAGACAGAGAAAAAAAGAUUAAUAUUGGAUUUGAUAGAGUCUACAUACACGAAUCUUUUCAUAUCAUGAGAUGUUUUAAGUGCGGACAAUUUGGUCAUAAGAGCACAACAUGUGAUAAUGAAGAAACUUGUUCCAAAUGUAGUGGUAAACAUAAAACAUCAGAUUGUAAGUCGUCAUCUGAAAGCUGCAUUAACUGUUCCACCCAAAAUAUGCAAAGAGGAUUAAAACUGAACACUGCUCAUUCAGCCUUCAGUAAAGAAUGUCCCACGUUUAAAUGGUUGAAAUCAAGAAAACAGCAAUUGAGUAAGUAGCAAUUGCAGAAUAAACAAAGUAAGAACAUACAGAUGUUAUACAUGAAUGUGGCUGGAUUGUCGUCUAGUCACAUAAUGUUGAAUCAUAUUGUACAAACAAUUCAACCUUGGUUAGUGUUUAUAACCGAAACACACAUUGUGGAAGC